AUGCUCGCAGCACGGACAUGUUUGGCCCGCUGUCCCCCAUCUACCGCGCGACCUGGCUUCGGUGUCUCCUGCAAUUUCAACGAGCUACGAAUAUCCACGCGAACGACUUCGCACACACACCCGUUUAGAAUAAACAUAUCUCGACGAUAUGCCACUACUCCUCAAGAGGUAGAGAAUACCAAUGUCAGUCAUUCCAGAUUCCUUGCCGAGGCCUCGCACAAGGAGCGUUGGAAGGAGGGCUCGGCGGAGAAGACGGGGGACGGCCCAGAGCUCACAAACGAAGAAUAUGAUGAUUCCAUAACGGAUGGCAAGGGGAAGCUCUCGCCGACGUCGUCGCACCUGUUCAAACUCAUCCUACCGCUCGGUCACCAAAACCAGCGUGGACGGGACCAAUCAUCCCAAACCAAGCCGCCUCCCCCUAUGGUGUUCCUUCUGCACCCAUCCCAGCCGCUCUCGCACGUCAGCAGGCUCAUCCUCGCCUCGCUCGCGCCCUCCACACCCUCCGUCUCAUUCCGGAGCGUGACCCCGCGCGGACACACCAUCCAGUGGUCCGACUCGACCGACGUCGCAGACUUCAUCCGCGACGCCGCGCGUACGCGCCAAUUCACCGUCUGCCUCACCGACCCAGGCGAGGAGGAGCCGCACACGGAGAUGCCCGUGGAGGUGCCCUCGUUCGAGGACCGCACGCGUUUCAUGCGCCGGCGCCUCGCCGCCGUCGAGGAGGAGCUCGCGCGCAUGGAGGACCUCAAGAAAUCCUGCGACGCGGAGGCGCACCGCGGCGCGCGUCGCAUGGCGCUCGGGGGCUUCGGCAUCCUCGUCGUAUACUGGGGCGGGGUCGCGCGCCUCACCUUCUGGGAUUAUGGCUGGGACGUCAUGGAGCCCAUCACGUACCUUUCCGGGCUGUCUACUGUCAUCCUGGGGUACAUGUGGUUCUUGAUGAGAGGGCGCGAAGUCUCAUACUCGUCCCUCCUACACCAUUCGGUCUCGGCGCGGCGCGAGACCUUAUACAAGUCGCGCGGUCUAGAUAUCGACAGGUGGAUGGACCUCGUGAGUGAGGCGAAGAGCUUGCGGAAGGAGAUCAGCAAGAUUGCUGAGGACUACGACGAGCGGGUGUGGAAGGAACGCGAAGAGGAGCGCAGGGCGGAUGAGCGGGAUCACGGUGAGGCGAGCGAUGCGAAAGAGGCGGAGCGGGAGGACAUUGCUUUGGUACGAGAUCAGAAGAAAUCCACAGAAUAG